UGUUCUUUUGUCGCCCAGCACGUACAUCCAAAACUCUAGAGGGCGCCAACAGUGGCUCGACCCAACAACACGGAAGUUAUUAUGUUGUGUAAAAACACAUGUGGACACAAGUUAAUUUAUUUUGUACAUGUGAGGAACUAAACAUGGCUCAAACACAAAACAAUAUCAAGAAAGCCUCUUCUAGAGACUUGCUGACCUGUGGCAACGGAAAAGGAAUCCAUGAGAAACUUCUAUUGAACUCUAAAAGUGCUUCACUGCAGACAGCAAGGGUCCCCAGAAGUAGUGUCUUGGACAGGCUGCAAAGUUUCCUUCCUCAAAUCGCCCAUGCCAAUGAGUCACUAAGACAACAGAUGGACGAGGCUCCUGCUGGUUUCUUUGACAUUGAGAGUGUGGAGGAUGCAGAGAAAGUCAUUGAGAUGGCCGUGGCUCUGGUUGAACUGGAGGAUUCAGACAGCAGCGAAGAAGAUGAGUUGUUGUCGUCGUCGUCAUCAUCAUCAUUAUCAUCAUGUUCAGAGGAAGAGGUGCAAACUGUCACUCCAAAGACACUCAAACUUCCAGGUGACAGAAAGAGAAAGGCCAACAUCCAGGUGUUGGGGAAAGAGGGCGAGUGAGAGAACACAUACUGCCAACUGGAACUCUGGGAGAGCAUUGGACUCACGCCAGGCCAUUUCUGUGCCUAUUAAAGAAAUAUAUAACCCUUUCAAGUCUGUUGCUAUUUGGAAUGAGCACAGACCAGUGAUUUUAUGUCCUGGUGAGCUGGCAGACUGGCAUUUCAUGUUCUUUGAAGAUGUUUUAAUCCAGAGGGUGAACGAUUAAAGGAAGAGUUCACCAAAAAAUUAAAAAAAGU